CUGUGCCGCGGCCCGUAUGGUGGGUGGAGAUCGUGGAUUUCCCCAUGCAUUCUCCACGAGUCCUCCACGUAUUGACCUUUUGUGCAAGGUUCCGUGGGGGUGCUGGUAGAGUGGGGGACGAACCACCAACGCCAGGCGUGGAGUGCGUACCCGAUGACCCCAAACUUGGAGGUGGAUCGUGUUGUUACACAUGUGCCGCUUCAUGGCGGAGAUUCACGAUGCGGGGAGCAUUGUUAAGAAUGGGAUGAAUGAUCGUAUGUGAUUUACCUCUGCUCGAUUUGUAUCAGGUUCUAUCACGACCAGCUUCUAGUUCACUCAGAACUAUCUUUGAAACGCCGUUGAACCAUUCCCAUUCUCUCAUACAUCAUGGCCAAGAUUGCGUCCGUGCGGUAUUACCGCGUAAAGCCUCGUUGGUUGAUGGUGAAAAUCACUGACGAAAAUGGCGAGUAUGGUUGGGGCGAGGCAACGCUCGAGGGCCACGACCUGGCUGUCGAGGGAUGUCUUGAGGAGAUGAUUCCUAGGAUUGUAGGUCUAGAAGCAGGCAACAUUGAGCAUGUUUGGCAACUCUUUUGGCGACAUGGCUUCUACCGCGGGGGCCCCGUCUUCAUGUCAGCAAUGUCAGGCAUUGACAUUGCGUUGUGGGAUCUGAAGGGCCGUAAUCUGAAAGUCCCAAUUUGUGAGCUGCUGGGCGGCCAGGUUCGCAACAAGGUGCAAGUGUACUGCUGGAUCGGCGGCGACAGACCAUCAGACGUUGAGGCAGCAGCGAAGAAGCGCAUUGCCCAAGGUCUGACAUGCGUGAAGAUGAACGCGACAGAGGACAUGAACUGGGUUGACUCUCCCAGAGUCCUGAAAGACACAGUAGAGCGUCUGAAACAGGUCAAGGCUCUUGGUCUCGACGCUGGUCUCGAUUUCCAUGGCCGCCUGCACAAAGCCAUGGCAAAGCAGCUCGCCAGAGCUCUGGAGCCAUAUGAGCCCCUAUUCAUCGAGGAACCCAUACUUUGCGAGCAUCCAGAAGCCAUCAAGCAGCUCUCAAAUCAAACGACGAUUCCCAUCGCUUUUGGUGAACGUCUUUACACCAGAUGGGAUAUCAAACGCUUCCUUGAGGAUGCCAGCGUCGACAUACUUCAACCGGACAUUGCCCACGCUGGAGGUAUAUCCGAAACGAAGCGCAUCGCUAGUAUGGCCGAAGCCUACGAUGUAGCGAUUGCCCCGCACUGCCCCCUUGGCCCCGUCGCAUUUGCGGCAAGUGUGCAAGUCGCCUUGUCAGCACCAAACUUUUCCAUUCUCGAGAUGAGUUUGGGAAUGCAUUACAACACUGAAGCAGGAGACAUUGAUCUCUUGACCUAUCUAAAGAACCCCGCCGUCUUCGACAUCGAGGGUGGUUAUGUCAAGGCGCCAACUGGCUAUGGUUUGGGUAUUGAUAUUGAUGAGGAGAUGGUCAUCAAGAUUUCAAAAGAGACAGAGCCGUGGCAGUGCAAGGUAUUCCAUGGUCCCGACGGCAGCAUUAGGGAAUGGUGAGGAUACGGCUUGUCGAGUCAUAUUGUGGCAAAAGUGUAGCAGUACGAAUUCUUCAUUACCUUAGUUGCAAGUCGCCCACUGCAUCACUCAAUUCAAUAAGACACAAGCGCAAUGUCCAUGGGAAACUUCUUUGAGAUCACGUACAAGAUCACAAUGGAUGGCUCCAAUUAUGUCAUGCUCUUCUGACACGAGUCUAAUCAGUGUGUGCUAGCUGCCCCGAGUCAAUGUGUUUGGGCCCCAAAGGAAAUGGUCUUCUCCAGGUUGACUUACGACCACAUCACUGUUUCCAUCAACAGAGGAUUGAACAACACCCGCUACCCCCACGCCACAUCACGCCAUAAUUUCUCA